GUCGACUGGGAAGGAACGGUGGAGAUCGCAGAGACCACGAUGAGGGAUUCUGCAUCGCAGAGGCACAAAAUACAUGCCCAAUUUUACCAACUUCAAACAACAGCAAAAAUCAUUUCUUUUACAUUUAAUCCUCACUCUUGCGACCAGUGUGUUUUCUGUUUCCUGUGAGAACCGUGACCGCCUCCGCAAACUUGGCAAUGCGCUUCUCCAUGCCCUUUUAGUAGCUGAAGGUUCCGUUUCAGAGGGUAUCAACAACAUGAAGGAUUCUUGGUUUUUUGACAAGAAUUUUAAUGGUUUGUCGGAUGAAAUUUUUGAUGAUGUCAUCAAAUUUUUUGAUUUCCCGCUGGAAGAUGUGGAAGCUAAUGCCAUGGAAGAAGAUUGGGAUGCCCAAUUCAAAUGCCUUGAAGAGCCAUAUUUUGAUGCUUUCUCCAUCUCGCCUUCUGGGCUUUGUGAUAAAACUCGAAAAGGCAAUCCUAAACUUGAGAGGAUCUCUACUACUCGUGCUGAGAUUUCCCCAAUAGAAGUGCCAGAGACGACGAAACUGGCAUAUAUCAAAAGCGUUCCCAAUCCAAAAGUCUCUUCCAACGGCAAAGAUAUCUUCCAAUUCCAGAUCUACAGUCCAGUCUCUGUUUUUGAAAGCAGCAGUUCUUCAUCAGGCGAGAAUGCCUCCGAUCAGCCUGUCAUCCGAAAGCGAGCUCGCAGCAAACGACGACCUCUCUCAAUCCUCAGUCCUCUAUUCUCAGUUCCUUUCAUCUCUUCUUCACGAGCAUUCCAAAAACCUCGGAGGGCAGCUGCUGCUGAGUCGGAUUUUGAAACAUUCCUCAGUUGGAAACCAUCUCACGGUCCGAAAGAGAAGCAGAGGAAAAAGGAUGUCUCUGGUCUUACUAAUAUGAAGAGAUCGUCAUCUCAUGAGUCGAUCAUCUCCCGAAAAUGCAUGCAUUGUCAGGUCACGAAGACCCCGCAAUGGAGGGAGGGACCUAUGGGCCCAAAAACGCUAUGCAAUGCAUGUGGGGUUCGGUACCGGUCCGGCCGCCUGUAUCCUGAAUACCGGCCGGCCGCGAGUCCAACUUUCGUAGCAUCAUUGCACUCCAACUGUCACAAAAAGGUCUUAGAGUUGAGAAACAGAGCUAUCAGUGAAGCUGAUGAGAGAGGUCCAAUAUUGCCUUUGUCAUCAAAACCUCCAAGAAAUUCGCUAGGAUAAUGUUGUAUUAGGGACUGUUAACAUCGUAGUCUUCAGACAGGAUCCCCAUGUUUAUUGCUUUCAUGUUUUUCAUUUAAUGUUAUAUUGGUUAAUUGGCAUCAUUUUUUAUGUAAGUUUGUUGAAUAAAAAGGGAAGAGCACUAGAUGGUGGCAGGCUUAUCCAUGAAGAAA